UGGCCCUAGAGACAAAAAAAAAAAAAAAAACAGAGAAAAAAGAAAAUCAAAACGGGCGCGUACUUGCAAAACAGUUUCUUCUCUGCCAAAAUUCUUGACAAUUUUCCAGAUCUCGUCUGGUGCCAAGCUUUGAAGAUCGAUCUUUAGGGUUUCCUUCGAUUCGGGGCUUGAAAUGGCGAAAGUUAGGCAUUCUCGUUUCCCGUCACGUAAAUCUUCUUCUUCGACGCUCGUGCUCACCAUGCUCAUCAUGUUUACGUUCGUUAUCCUGAUUCUUCUCGCUCUCGGUAUACUCUCGGUCCCCAGUAACAGCGGUGAUUCCCCGAAGGCCAACGACCUGAGCUCCAUCGUUCGGAAGACUACGGAUAGAGGUGUGGGAGAUGAGGAGAGAGCUGAACAGUGGGUGGAAGUUAUCUCCUGGGAACCUAGAGCUGUGAUUUAUCAUAAUUUCUUGAGCAAAGAGGAAUGUGAAUACUUGAUCAAUCUUGCGAAACCCCAUAUGAAAAAGUCAACUGUUGUCGAUAGUGAAACUGGCAAGAGUAAAGAUAGCAGAGUGCGCACAAGCUCUGGAACAUUCCUGCCAAGAGGUCGUGACAAAACUAUUAGGGAAAUUGAGAAAAGAAUUGCCGAUUUCACCUUCAUUCCUGCUGAGAACGGGGAAGGGCUUCAAGUCCUCCAUUAUGAAGUUGGACAAAAAUAUGAGCCUCACUAUGACUACUUCAUGGAUGAGUUCAACACUAAGAAUGGGGGUCAACGGAUUGCUACAGUCCUUAUGUACCUCACAGAUGUAGAAGAAGGGGGUGAGACUGUGUUCCCUGCCGCUAAAGGGAACAUUAGUGCUGUCCCAUGGUGGAAUGAGUUAUCUGAAUGUGGAAAGAAAGGACUGUCUGUUAAACCAAAGAUGGGUGAUGCAUUACUUUUCUGGAGCCAGAAGCCUGAUGGUUCUCUAGAUCCUUCAAGUUUGCAUGGUGGUUGUCAUGUAAUUAAAGGAAACAAAUGGUCAUCAACCAAAUGGAUGCGUGUCUAUGAAUAUAUGGUCUGAGCCACAUUUCAAAGGUUUUACUUAGAGUUCUCGUGUUAUCAUUGUUGUACUUUUUCAAAGUCUUGGAGAGCUCCACGACCAUUGUGCAUCAAACGAUGCAUUGCUUGUUGCCUGAACGCCUAUGAAAAUCGAUACCGUUGCUGCUGCCUGCUAACUUAUUCACUUAUUGUUUUCUUUUUCCUUUUCCUUUUUUUUUUUUUUUUGUGGGGUUGAGGAUAGUCACAUGUUACUGCAACUAAUAGAAUAAGAGUUGGAAUUUUUACAGUCAGUUCCAAAUAUCAAAAAGAUUUAGAACAUCCUGAGUUGUUGGACUGAAUACCAUUCAUGUGUUUAAAUGUGAACUCUUAGAGAUUGUAUCCAUAAUCUACUGAAUAUAGCAUCAUAUCAAGGUCCUCAAAUUUUCCCAA